CCCAAGUCAUCCUUAGCAAAAGGGUAGUCCCAGCUAUGAUUCCCUUUGCUAUCCCUUUCAAAUGUUUUACCUUUGUACACUAAAACAGUCCUCCUAAGUUUAAUUUUCUAUAAAGCCAGCACCACAAUUAGAACCACCCUAUGAAAUUUCCCUUAAUAUCAAUGGAAACUCCUUGGAAGGUUUCUGUGAUGUGAGCUUUUCUUUGCAUUAUAUGUAUGUUGUUUUUGCUGCUCCUGUAAAUGACAAAUGGCAACAACAACAACAACAACAAACACAUCGUUAUUCGAUUUUGAUCCUUCUUCUUCUCCUUUCUUGAUUCAAUUAAUGGAGGCGAAUUACACGAACAACACACAAAUGAGUUGUAAUGUUACCAGUUUUAGCCCCUUAGACUCUUCUGGGAGUGAUCAGUAUUUCGAUGGAAAUGGUCUCGAGGUUUCUGAUUACUUCUCAUUUCACGACUAUGGGAACGAGCAACAAUCGAUGGGUUUUGAACAGAUUCAGGGUUUCGGGUGUCAUGGAACCGAGUUUUUCCAUGUAGGAGAAAAUAGCAAUAUUCAGAAUGAAGGAGGGAAUACUAACUUAGGAGAAAGCAUGAGAAGCAGAAAAGAAAAGAAGGAAAGAGUUGCAUUCAGAAUGAAAUCAGAGAUUGAUGUAGUAGACGACGGCUACAAAUGGCGAAAAUAUGGCAAGAAAAUGGUCAAAAAUAGCCCAAAUCCAAGGAACUACUACAGGUGUGCAGCAGAUGGUUGCCCGGUGAAGAAGCGAGUAGAAAGGGACAGGGACGACAUGAGAUACGUAAUCACAACGUAUGAAGGCAAUCAUAACCAUCAAUCGCCUAAGUAACGGAAUAAGUAUGUUUCUCAAUCCGAGCAGCUUUCAGCUGCAAUGACGUUCAUAGGAUAAAGGGCGUGUGGUAGACAAAGGACCAGGAAGUUUUUUUGCACAUAAUAUUAUGUGUUUCUACUUUUUCUGGUGGAUCAAUAUGCAGUAAUACAGUUGAGCACAAUAAAAACUAGUUUCUUUUAGGUUUAUCAGAAACACAUGUAGUAUCAUAUGUACUUUUUUAACACCAUUAGUAUAUAAAGAAUAUACUUUAUUGCAUAAGCUUUUAUAAGUAAACAAUGGUGGUGGUGUUCAAUGUUCAGACUAUAAAAGGAAAUGGACAAGGACAAGAACAAUUU